AUGAAAUUUCGCAAACCUCAUUGGCCUCCAGUGAUUUCUUCGGAGGAAAGUGAAAAGAGGAGACUGUUCCGGGAAAGACUGGAGAGAAAGGCUUCCCUCCAAGCCACACCAUCCACUAGACAGUCUAAGAAAGGUCUGCGGAGAGAUUCUUCUCUGCAAGCCACACCAUCCACUAGACAGUCUAAGAAAGGUCUGCGGAGAGAGUCUUCCCUCCAAGUCACACCAUCCACAAGACAGUCUAAGAAAGGUCUGCGGAGAGAUUCUUCUCUGCAAGCCACACCAUCCACUAGACAGUCUAAGAAAGAGUCUUCUCUGCAAGCCAACCCAUUCACCAGUCCGCAGUGGCCUCCAGUGAUUUCUUCGGAGGAAAGUGACAGGAGGAGACGGUUCCGGAGAAGAUUGGAGAGAAGGUCUUCUCUCCAAGCCACCCCAUCCACCAGUCAGCAGUGGCCUCCAGUGCUAAAAAACGUCAGAGUAUCAGUUCCGACAUGCGCAUCACUGGCUGUGCUCCCUCCUCCAUCGGCUGUAUCUGCUGCAGCCCUUAAGAGGGUACCAAGGGCCACAGCCUGGAGACGGAAAAAGAGGGCCGAAGAGGACAAAAAGGCCCUAAAGCAACAAAAAGGCAUUCCACGGAGAGCAGAUCCAAAAGGAUAUCCUUGUAGACUGUGUGGACAGCCAAAGAGACUGGAGUUUGGACACAGUUUCUUUAGGGGGAAAAGUUUCUGUGCCACUGCAGCUGGAAGGACUGUAUCGCAAUGGCUUUCUGAUCAGAGGAGGAUUGCAGCUGCAGACAACUAUGACAACGUGCCUCGGACAACUGCUUGGAGGAAGAAAAAGAAAGAGGAAGAAAUUGCACAGGGCCUGCCUCAGAAAAGGCCAAAGAAAUGCAAACCGCUGACUUGCUCUCUGUGUCAGCAGCCCAAAACCAAGGACUAUGGUCACUCACGCUACGGUGGCAAAUCGUUUUGUAGCAGUUACGAGGGCAAGACUGUGGAACUUUGGCUGGCAGAGCAGCGGUCUCUUGCUCCCCCGUAAAUAAUUGCCACUGAUUUUUUUUUUACAUUUUAAUGUUAAUUUUAGUGCAGUGUUUGUUUGUUU